AGCUGGGAGUGAACCGGAAGUGCAAGCGCUCCAGCUUCUCUUCGGCCAGGCGGAACCUUCUCUGCUGGGCCCGGUGGCCGCAAAAAACUUUCUUUCUCCCGCCCCAACGGUCGCCGCGGCCAACUGCCUCGUUCGCCUGCCAGCCUACCCCGCCUUCUCUUCGCUCCGGCUCCGCGCGGCCCUGUCUCCCGCUCGCCCGGCGGUAUCCGCUUGCUGCUGCCACCGCCUCCUCGUUUUCUGCCCGGCUAGCCGGCCCGCCCCGCUGCAGUGAUGUGCGACAAGGAGUUCAUGUGGGCCCUGAAAAACGGAGACCUGGAUGAGGUGAAAGACUAUGUGGCCAAGGGAGAAGAUGUCAACCGGACACUAGAAGGUGGAAGGAAGCCUCUUCAUUAUGCAGCAGAUUGUGGGCAGCUUGAAAUCCUGGAAUUUCUGCUGCUGAAAGGAGCAGAUAUUAAUGCUCCAGAUAAACAUCAUAUUACACCUCUUCUGUCUGCCGUCUAUGAAGGUCAUGUUUCCUGUGUGAAAUUGCUUCUGUCAAAGGGUGCUGAUAAGACUGUGAAAGGUCCAGAUGGACUGACUGCCUUUGAAGCCACUGACAACCAGGCAAUCAAAGCCCUUCUUCAGUGAUGGACGGAUGGGCUAACAGCUCUGGAAGAAUGACUCCCCUGUGGCCUCACACUGCUGCCUGUCUGUCUGUCACUCUCUAUCUGCCAGCUUCUUCAGCUAAAAUACUUCUAGAGGGGUGAGGGGAGAGAGAAAUUCAUAACAAAUCAGACUACCAGAAAAAAACAGCGUUUGGGAGGAGAGGAGAACAACAAGAUCAGGCUUUUACUAGGAUUCCUGAUCAGGUCAGCCUCUUUUCCACUUCCAGUAAGAAAACAAAACAACAAACAAGCAAACGAAAAACACAGCUUAUACCCAUGGGAGAGCAAAGACAAAAUAUACCAUUAACGUUUGACCUUUUCAGCUCCCUAGCUAAUUUAUUAAUUAGAUUGUGUUGAGGGUCUGACUCUACGAAGGCCAACUAUACAUUCGGUAGCCCCAUCUGUGCGAGCAGUAGUGGCUGCUGUGACGUAACUUAGGGUGCUGAGAUAAGCAAUUAGCUCUAGCCUUCUGCCUUAAGAUUCACUCUAGUGGGGAUCUCCCGGCAUAGUUAAGAGCGCCGCUGCCUGUGGUUGGUGACCAAAUCUUCCCGCGGUGACUUCCAGCUUUAUGUGAAAGCUCAGUUAAGGCGAGGAGGGGCACACUCCUCAACUGCUGGCGGCGGAACUUUGGAUUUCCUCCCCCUUCACAUGGAUUUCAUGUAUCUUUAGAUACAACUGACUAGUUUUAUUUAUAAAAUCUCAAAUUCUGGAAGUCUAAAGGAGAAAUCAUUCCAGUAUGCAUAUUUUUUUUCCUCUAGAUUCAGACAUUUAUAGAACAUUGAAAACACUUUCAAACUCCUGUUGGUAGUAAAAGGGGAUUUAAAAAUAGAAUCAUAGCCAUAAGCCUGUUAGUAUCAUAAAGAGAGAACAGUUGUCUUAGUACCUAUGGAUUUUCUUCAUUUGCUAUUUGAAUGGAUUGGCCUCAGUUAUGUUUGGAGAAUCAAGGAACAUUCUUUGGAAUGCCUCUCUCAGACCCAUCUUGGAUGCUGAUUACUUAUUGCACCAAAGCUAUCACUGGGGUGAGAUUUACUGUUUGGACAAAUUUAACCCCAUCCCUUAAAAAUACGCGUGUUACCAAGUUUCCCUGAGGUGUUGAUAGGCUUCUGCUGAAUGUAUGCCAACCCACCUGCAUAAUAUAUUUUUUUUCUUUUCUAUAUUAUGCAUUGCAUAAAAUGUGAGAACUUCAAAUUGUAUUCUGUGUUCUUAAAAUACAAUGCCCUAAAAUGGUGUUCUUAGGACCUGCAGAAAAUAUUUAGACACAUUUUCUAAUGUUUAUUUCAUGAGCAGUGCAGCUAAUUAAAACAUAUACCCUUAAAUUUGCUGCCCUGUGUAGAAAAUAUUGAUUCCUUUGACUUGCCAUCCAUAUAAGCUUACUAAAAAUAUAAGGGUCUUUCCUUAGCCAUGUCACGCAAUAAUUGAAUGUACCUCAAAUUUUUAAAUGGGGGGAGGGUGGGUGAGGGACUUGUAUUCAGAUUGUGGAUAACAAAGAAUUAAUGAUGAUUUUUUAAGGCAAUAUAGCAUUCUACAGCAGGGUUAAACUAGUACCAAGAACAGUCAGCCUGGCCAACAAGUCUUAUCGACCACUUGCUGGUUGGUUGGUUGGUGUGUGGGUUUGUGUGUGUGUAUUUUUCCCCAUGAACCCUUUUUAUCCUGUGGCUUUUUCACUUAAAACUAGCCUAACCCUGUAAUUUUCCUGCAUCCAAGAAAACAAUCACAAAAUGCUGGUUUAAAUACUUUGAUACAUUUGGCUAAUUCUGCUGUCUUAAUGCAGCCUAUUAGAGUUUGAUUAAAAGUCAGUAAUCAGUACUUCAUAACAUCACUGAACUGAAACACAGAGCUAUCCUCAUUGAAGAUGGAGGGCACUCUAUCAGACUGUAACUGUCAGCGUAGUGACAAGAUGUUUUGAUAUCUUUGUUUCCACUUCUUGGCAUACUGCUGUUUAAAAGGCUUCGAUUUUACUCUCUACGCAGUUUUACCUUUACUCUCAAAGUGUUUUUUGUAGUUGGCUGCUGCAGAGAGUGCAUUGUCCUGUCAUUCCUAAACCUGGUCUGCUUUCACAGUCACCUGGUCUAGAGACCAUGUGAUUCUUUGUACAGUUUAUCCUCAUGUUCCUUGUAAUGCAGUAGAGGCUACUUUGCCUUCCCUCCUCUUUCUCAGCCAUUUUGUAAACCCCAUAAUUAUGAAGCAGUUGCUUGAGAAAAUAACAGAUAAACAUAUAGACUGACCAAGAUGGUUUACAGUUUCUUUUUUUUUAAACUAGGUUAUUUAUAAUGUAUUUCUGAACCACUUGGCAGAGAAAUUCACAACAGUUAAUGUUCAUAUUUUGACUAAAGGAAGGUAAAACCUUGUCUGCUUUUUGGUACUACAUGCAUUAGUAAAAGGUUAAUAAGUAAGUUUUGUUCUCCACUGAAGUAAUAUUUAACAUCUCAGAAAAAAUCUUGCAUGUUCUGUAGUUUUGUAUUAAGUCAGUCAUAUCGUAUGCACUGUAUCAAGUGAAAACAGGUGGUUUACCUGUCUACAUUAGUAUACUAACAGAUUCCCCCUUGCAGCUUCAGACUGGUAUCUGUAGACUUACAGUUGAGCUACAGCACCAGAAUCGAUGCAGUAGUUCACAGCUCACCUUCUAAACCCAGUGGGGCAUGAAGGAGAGGUAGGUGGGUGCAGUGAGUGGAAGCUGCCAGCAAGUAGGCCCUUCAUUUAUUGAUUUCUUUCCCCCAAAUAAUGGAUUUCAAAUCUAUAUGUACCUAUUUGAUUUUUUUCCCCUAAAUCUUCAACUGAGCUGCUGUUUUCUUCCAUGCAAUACUGUAUACUCGAUUGUGUAUAGAAGAAGCUGGUGAGAGUGCCCUCCUGCAUAAGUAACUGCAGUGUUUUGCAUGCAAAAUUUUAGAAAAUUUAAAUUGUCCUGAUUCUAUUUUGUAAAUGGAGAAACAAUCAUAUCUUUCUAAGCAGUAAUGGAGGAAGACUAGUGCUUUGUGCAUUUUGAUAUAUUUGAGUUCAUUUUUUCCACAAUGUAAUGCGUUUGACACAAUUGGGUUUCUCAUAUUAUCCUAGUUCAUGUACAUCAGAAUGCUAAAUAAUACUGUGUUGAAGUUUUGUGUUGCAAGAACAAAUGGAAUAAACUUGAAUUGUGCUACA